AUCAAGCUAGCUUUUACAUAACUCCAAAUCACAAAUUGGAUGAUAAUAUGGGUUUGCUGCCUCAUUCGAUCACCAAAUCAAAAGCUAGUACGUUUCAUUUUGAUAGUGGAGAUGAGAGAUAGAGAUAUGAGGGCUGCUCGUACUUACAGACCAGUUUUUUCAUUAUCCUGGUUUCUAGUAGUGUUACUGGUAAUACCUUUGCUGGUGUUGCUGUCAAUCUUUCUGAUACAGCCUCUGAGUUCAAGCUCUUCAUCAUCAACUGCAACUUGGAUAGUUGAUAAUUCUAGUACUUCUGGAAAUUUUAGCUACUCUCUAGCUUUAACUGCAGCUCAAGAAUGGCCUCAACCUCCAGCUGAAGCUCCACUUACUAGUUUUUUAUAUGGUAGUCCUGCUCCUGCUCCUGCCCCUCAAAUAUCAACUGGGGCUAUACAAGUUGGUGGUUCUAGAAGAGUAAAAUCAUGGUGGAGCAUGAAGCUAGAUGAGCUAGAAGCAAGUUUGGGCAAAGCAAGGUCUUCCAUAAGAGAAGCAGCUGGUACAUCACUAGUACGACUUAGGAACAAGAUCAAUUCGACAUCAAAAACAGUGCAACUAGUACAUGACGACGACCCCGACUAUGUUCCUCACGGCCGCAUAUAUCGGAACGCCCACGCCUUUCAUAGGAGCUACCUAUUAAUGGAGAAGCUGUUCAAGAUAUACGUAUACGAAGAAGGAGAGGUCCCACUGUUUCAUAGUGGUCCAUGCAAGAGCAUAUAUUCCUCAGAAGGAAGGUUCAUUAAUGAAAUGGAGAUGGGCAAAUUGUACAGAACAAAAGACCCAGAUGAAGCACACGUUUACUUCAUUCCAGUAAGUGUGGCCAAUCUGGUUCAGUACCUGUAUGUCCCCGAUUCAAAAGAUCUAGAUCCGAUGAAGCGAGCCACCGUCGACUACGUUAAAGUCAUUGCUGAUAGGCAUCCUUUCUGGAAUAGAAGCCUUGGUGCUGAUCAUUUCAUGCUUUCAUGUCAUGACUGGGGGCCAAUGACGUCAUCCUUUGUUCCAAAUUUGUUCCACAAAUCCAUUAGGGUUCUUUGCAAUGCCAAUACUUCCGAAGGAUUUAAUCCAUCAAAAGAUGUGUCGUUUCCCGAAAUUAAUCUUCUAACAGGUGAAAUCUCAAGUCUAGGUGGUCAGCCUCCAUCGACUCGAACUAUCCUCGCCUUUUUCGCCGGUCAUCUUCAUGGCCACAUUAGGUACCUCCUUUUAAACGAAUGGAAAGGCAAAGACCAAGAUGUCCAAGUCUAUGAGACGCUCCCAAAGAAAGUGUCCUAUGAAAAAAAGUUGAAAAGUAGCAAGUUUUGCUUGUGCCCAAGUGGGUAUGAAGUGGCAAGUCCAAGAGUGGUGGAAGCAAUCUAUGCCGAGUGUGUUCCGGUGUUGAUUUCAGAUGCUUAUGUCCCACCUUUCAGUGAUGUUUUGAAUUGGAAGUCAUUUUCUGUUCAAAUAGAUGUGAAGAACAUAUCGGAUAUCAAGAACAUAUUGAUGGGGAUAUCUCAUAGGCAGUACCUAAGAAUGCAAAGGAAUGUGAAACAAGUGCAACGACAUUUUGUGGUGAAUGGACCUCCUAGGAGAUAUGAUGUUUUCCACAUGAUUGUUCACUCUAUUUGGCUUAGAAGGUUAAAUAUUCGCGUUCAUGAUUUUCGGAAUCAGUAAAAUAUAUAUGGUUUGGGAAACAUAGGGGAUGUGCCUGCCUUGACUUGUUCGGCAUCAAUGGUGGCUAUCAGCAUGUGAUGCGUUCAGUGUUGGGUGAAAUCGUGUGGUGAUAUGCUUGGGGCUUUGCGACAUGACAUUUCGAUGUUGCUGCAAGUAGUAGUAAUAAUGCCUUGGGGGUUUGUUGUAGAGGCUUGGCGGCUCGUUGAGGUCCGAGGAUUCAAUCAUUGUUUAAGGUUUGGAUAUGAUCACUCAGUCACCUAACAUCUGGUGGGUUGCUACAAGAAUGUUGGGUUGGCGAGUUGUGUUUCUCUCGAUGGGUUUGGAUGGCGUAAACGGGUCGAGUCGGUUAUGGGUUAAAGCCUUUAACUUAAAGGUGUGGCAAGGAGGCUUGCCGGAAUCUAGGUGUGUGGUGACAAGGGAUAUCAAUCAGGAUUGGAGGAGUUUGGAAAGACGAUUGGCAAGUCCACAUUUUUGGAGCCUGUGCUUAGGUGGUUGGUCGCAUUCUCUAACGCUCAAGGUUUGAGGUGGUGGUUUUGUUCUUAGUCUAUACGUAUGAGUUUUACGACACAUGCUCUCCAGUCUCCAACCUCAUUCUGGAAAAUAAUUCUGGGAAGCCAGUGUCGUUGUCAUGAAAAAGAGAAGCAGCAUGUCACGACUUAUUUCUUUGUUUCAUUAGGUUUUUAUGUGCUGGUUUUGGUUACUUUUAAUAAGUCUUCUAUUGAGCAGAGGGUUUGAGUAUCUUGGAAUAGUGGCUCUAUCAUUGGUAUGGUGUCAUUCUCAAAGACUAGUAGUUUUAAUUUUGGUUUUUUCUUGUCAUCAAUAUUGUAAUGGGGAGCUGCCCCUACUAGUGUAGUGGUGGUUUUCAUACACUAUGCGAAAGAGCUUUACGCUCCUCUUGAUGUGGGCUAUAAGGAUAUAUUAAGACUCUCGGGAUACGUUAAUCAUUGGUAUCAGUACGUCCUUUUCUCUAGUUAGAGAAGUUUGGAUUGUACCGAGUCAUCUCUACUGUUGUAAUAUAUUGGAUUAAUAGAAUUUCUUUCUCCUUAAAAAACAAA